GCCAGUCACUUGUUGAACGCACACACACAGGAAACCACACAAGACGCUCAUUUUCCAAAAGCCUCGACUGUCUGCAGAGAGGAAACAUCUUUAAUGAGCAGAAACAUCUGCAGCAAAGCGACUGCUCCAGCUUUCAGGGUGUUUUAAGUUUAAAAAAAGAGACGCCCGAACAGGCAGAACUCCUGAUCUACCCUAAAAACCACUGAAGGCGCACAUCGUAAGUGUCAGCAUGUCUGGUGAAGAGGCUCCAACUCAGCAGCAACAACCUGAGCAGGAGAAGACGCCCGACGAGCCUCCACCAUCGGCGGAUGCUGCUCCCGCUGAAGCCCCGCAGGGAGACUCCGGGAGCGGCGCCGCGGCGGAGGAGAAGCCGCUGACCUGCCGCGCUCUGGUGCUCAUCGGGCACGGAGGCUACGACAAAGUGAAGCUGCAGGUGAAGACGCAGAGCAAACCGCAACCGAAGGCUGGAGAGGUGCUGGUGCGCGUCAAGGCGUGCGGGCUGAACUUCGCCGAGCUGCUGGGCAGACAGGGACUGUACGAGCUGCUGCCCGCCCCGCCCGUCACGAUGGGAAUGGAGGGCUCCGGGGUCAUCGAAGCGGUCGGGGAGGAUGUGAAAGACAGGAAAGUGGGAGAUCGCGUCAUCGUGUUGAGUCGCAGUGGGAUGUGGCAGGAGCUGGUGGUUGUUCCCACUAAUCGCACCUUCGUCAUGCCCGACGAGAUGAGCUUUGAGGAAGGUGCUGCUCUGCCUGUGAACUACAUGACCGCAUACAUGAUGCUGUUCGAGCUGGCCAACCUGAGGCCGGGAAAAAGUGUUCUCAUACACAUGGCAGCAGGUGGUGUGGGGAUCGCUGCUACCCAGCUCUGUCAGACUGUGCAGGAUGUGACUGUUUUUGGCACUGCAUCGGCCUCCAAGCAUGAGACCAUCGCCCAAGGGGGAGUAGCUCACCCUAUCGACUACCGCACCAAAGACUAUGUGGAGGAAAUCCGCAAAAUCAGCCCAAAGGGAGUGGACAUCGUCCUCGACCCACUUGGUGGCUCUGACACCCAAAAAGGCUUUAGUUUGUUGAAACCUAUGGGCAUGCUCAUAGUCUUUGGGGCAGCCAAUUGUGUGACAGGCCAGAAGAAGAACCUGUUGGCGAUGGCAAAGACCUGGUACAACCAGCUCUCUCUCAACACCAUGAAGCUGAUGCAGGCCAACAAAGCCGUGUGCGGCUUCCACCUGGGCUACGUCACCGAUGAGCAGCUCUUCUCCAGAACUAUGAUGAAGCUGCUGGAGCUCUACAGUCAGGGAAAGAUCAAACCCCACAUCGACUCCCGCUAUCACUUUGAGGAGGUGACCGAAGCCAUGAAGCGCAUGCACGAACGCCAAAACAUCGGGAAAGUCAUCCUCCUCCCGGAACCCAAGAAGGAGGAAGAGAAGCCAAAGUCCAACGCUGAGGCGGGAGAAAACGCAGAAAUAAACGAAGCUGCCGUCAGCGAGAAGAAAGAGGAGGUCACAGAGGAAGUUAAAGCAGAAAAGGAUUGAGUAAGAGUGUUUGUUUGAAUGAUAUUUCCCCAGUGAGGUUCCCUUUUGUCCAGUUGUCAAAAAAAAGGAGAUGAAAAGUAAAACAAGAUGCUAUGUAUUGUUUGACUUUGUCAGUAUUUUUCAAAUGUUUAUGAAGUUUUGUUGUGCAAUAUGUCUAUAGUGUAGUGUCUUUGUUGGGAACACUUGUGUUUUUUUAAAAUAAAAGGUCACUGUAUUCCUACAUUACCUGAGAAAUACUGUAUCCUGAUUACAGACAGUUGAUAAAAUUGGUGGCGAUGGUGCACAACUUUGACUUUUUUGAUCUUUCAGCUCUAACAUCUGUAACAACAGCAAGCCAGGGCUGCUGUGUAUAAAACUAUACUUUACAUUUAGAAAGAACGACUGGGCAGCUUUGCAAAUUGAUCUCAAAGGGAAUUUUAUCAAAGUCACGUGUGAUUGUGCUGACUGCAGACUGCAGUGUGUCAGUUUGGCCUCUGUGAAGCACCAAAUCUUCCAGUAGUAAAGCUGCGCCACUUCAUGUGUCAUAGCUUGACUUUGUGAAGAUUGCCAAGCUUUUAUUGUGCCAGAUACACACAAUAUAUUGUAACAUACAAAAAGAAUGCUAUUUGUGAUACUGUUAUCCAAAAACAGAUUUAAAUAAGGAUAAAAAACAUUACAAGUGAGAAGGGAAGCACCUAAAAACAUGUUGUUUUGUGAUAUUCUUGAUGGUUUCUUACCCCUUUGAUGAGCAACAUGGAUCAAAAGUGACCAAAAUCUAAUGGAAAAUGGGUAUCUCCUGACUCACUGCACAUCAAAGGGUUAAAGCAACCGCCAUCCUAUUCAAUACAAGUGAGUUUUAUUAACACAGUGUCAGUUUCCAACAUGUCGUCUCAUAGCACUUAGCAUAGUACAGGUUGCAAGUUUUAAACAGAGAACCCAACAAAUCCAAAGUUUCCUUUGAGUUUCCUUUACACAAAUACUUGGUAACAGUGGGAAGGAAAUAUAAACCUCUCCUUUACAGGGAAUACAAAAAUAAGCCACUUCCAUGAAAGAAGUCCUGGCAAGUUUACAUAUGACUCGUAUUGAUUUGUAUUGCUAUAUUUUGUGUUUAAACUCACUUAAAUUUCCAAAUUUGCCGAAUUAUUUUGGGAGCUGUUGGAAGAUAUGUAUUUGUAAUUGUAAGAAAAAGAGCAAAAAUGAUUUCAUUUUGGCACCAGGUGCAGAAAAUAUCUCUUCACAGUUCUCUAGCUGUCCAUUCUGUGUGUGCACUAGAAGAAAAUGUGGUGUUUUCACACAGAACUGGGUCUGUAAAUGGGAAACAAAGUGGGUCGGACGGAUCUACUCAACACUAGUACCGUGUACAGUCAAGCUUGUGCCCAGUACUGUGGGAGGAAAAUGGGGAGUAAAGAGUGAACAGUGGGAGUGAGAUGGAUGGUAGAUUUGGCUAAAUGUCAACCAUCCAAAAUCACAGACUCAACCUUCAAGAAUAUGUCAAAAACAAAUGAUUUUCUUGUGUGCUUGUUUCUGUUUUUCUUUCAUCAGCAUCCUAUAUGAAAUCUGGCAGAGUAAUAAUCCUGUUACACAUCAUUCAUUUAAUGAAGGAAUUAACCAUAAUUAUACAAAUUAAAUCAUUUCCUCAGUAUGAUUA